AUGUCUCAAUUCUCGUUAUUCUUUGGUGGAUACGGAGUGGCCAAUAUUUAUGGUCCCGCGCAGUCUUUUGACCGUCCUUCAUUUAUCUCUGAUUUUCUCUCUCUUUCUGUUUGGUCUGAUGUGUUCAACACACCUUGGAUGGUUAUGGGUGAUUUCAACAUUCACUUGCAUUCUUUGUCUACUUCUCGUCAAGCCGAUGUCGCUCCUUUUGUUCACUGGUUGCGUACUCACUUUGUCAAUUGUCAUCCGGAUGGUUUAGCUACGUUUCCAAAGAGCAAUACUUGUAUUGAUUACAUCUUUGGUCACUCUUCUCUUGCUCCUCGUUUGACUAAUAGUCAGUUACUAUAUAUGCCUAGUAGGUGGACGGAUCACUCUCUUUUGACUGUUGAAAUGUUGCCUGCGACAGCUAGUAUUGGUCCUGGUAGUUGGCGGUUCAAUCCAACUCUGCUUGAUGAUAAGGAAUUUGUUGCGUUGUUGAAUGCCACGGUGUCAUUGUUCUUCUCUGGUGCUGUUGGUGGUGGGUCUAAGGGUGUCAAUACUAGUCAAGGUGGCAGUGGUGACUCUGAAAGCACGGUGGCUAGAUGGGAAUCCUUCAAGUUGUUACUAAAGUGCUGUGCACAAAAGUACACUAGAAGCAUGAAAGCACGAUUCAAGAACAAAGUUUUUACGCUUCAACUGGAACGUAUUAGGGCUCUGUCAACGUCUGUAUCAGGUGUUGAGACUAGGAAUGCUAUUGAUCAAACUGACAGAGUGUCUACUGCUACAGGUGAUGCUGAGCAGCAGGUCAGGCAACUAGAAGUUUUGAUUGAGAAUCAGAUACAGAAAGAGACUAGUCAGAAUAUGCUUCGCUCUGCCACUCGUUGGUUAGAACAGGGAGAACGUAGCAACAAGUAUUUCUAUCGUUCGAUCAAAGGUGCGAGAGUCUCAACAGACAAUUCAAUCCUUAAAGUGCUCUACUACUGGAGAUAUCUUGGUGGAAGCAGCAGCUAUCAACAGGGAGGCACAAGGUUUUUACCAAAGGCUAUAUACCCCUGA